AUGGGGCUACCAGACAGGAUCUUGAUUGUCGGAGGCGGGGUAUUUGGAUUAUCAACUGCCUUAUCGCUUUCAGAACGCCAUCCCAAUAAGAAGAUCACCUUGAUUGAAGCCUCGCCUACAAUCCCCAAUCCACAUGGCUCAUCAGUCGACACCUCGCGCAUCAUCCGCGCAGACUACUCAAGCCCAGCAUAUGCCAAACUGGCAGCAGAUGGUAUCAAAAAAUGGCGCUGUACCGAAUGGGGACAAGAAGGUCGCUAUACAGAGAACGGCUUGGCUUUGAUAUACACGGAAGGAAAUCCCGACUCUGAGACCUACACGAAAAAGAGCUACGAGAACGUGAAAAAGUUGCUUGAGGAAGAAGGCGAAGGACCAGAAAGUGUAGCGGAGAAAAUUGUUUAUUUGUCGGACAAGGCAGCGUUGGAGAAAGUGGUGCCGCGAUAUACGGCGGGGAUGGAUAUUUCAGGAGGAUAUCUCAAUCGAGGAUCAGGAUGGGGUGAUGCCGAAGCGGGGGUGCGAUUCGCAAAGCAGAAACUUGACGAAAUGGCCAAAGUCGACUUUAAGUAUGGAGAGGUAGAAAGAUUGAUAUUUGAGGAGACAACAUCAGCCUCCCAACGCAAAGUCACCGGUGUUGUGCUAAAACACGCCGUGGAUGGUACCAUCUCGGCAAUCACAGCAGAUCUCGUCAUCCUAGCAACAGGUGCUGCAACAGGCAAGUUAGUCGACCUCCGCGGCAUUGUCGACGCCACAGGCCAAGUAUUGGCAUACAUCCAAAUCACCGACGAAGAGCAGGCGCAAUUAGCAAAUAUGCCCACCAUCCUCAGCUUCUCGACAGGCAUGUUCAUCAUUCCUCCACGAAACAACCUGCUCAAAAUCGCUCGUCAUGCCUAUGGUUACUUGAACCCGUCGGAUGUUCCGAUACCCGGUACCACCACCACAUCUUCGUCACAAACCAUGAGAAUUAGUCUGCCCGUACAUGAUCUACCAAUCCCAGCCGAGGGGGAGAGAGCUUGUCGCCAGGCCCUCCGUGAAAUGCUACCUUCCUUCGCCGAAAGACCGUUUGCGCGGACCAGGAUAUGUUGGUACUCAGAUACCCCCACUGGCGACUUCCUCAUCACCUACCACCCGUCCCAUCCAAACCUCUUCCUAGCCACCGGCGGCAGUGGCCACGGCUACAAAUUCUUCCCAGUGCUCGGGGAUCAAAUCGUGGACGCCCUUGAGGGAAGACUAGAUGCUGAAUUGCAGCAGUUAUGGAAAUGGCCGGAGGAGCGGCACAUUACUGAAGAGAAGGGUGGGGAGUUUGUGGUGACGAAGGAUGGGAGUCGGUCCGGGAAGAUUGGGAUGAUAUUGAAGGAUGAGCUUGCCAAGUCGAGUCGUUUAUAA